CCCGUGACUCCACUGGAGACAGAAACAGCAGAGAAGCGACCCGGAGCGGUCCACAUCGAUACUUCAUCCACAAAUGGGCCAUUGUAACAACUAGCACCUCCUCUUCUUCCAGCCAUCCGAACCUUAACACCGCAUCAGGUGCCAACACCAUCGUACACUUACAGGUUACCAUUUUCCAUCUUUGAGCGGUUUUCCAGCUAAGGUCGGAGAAAAUGGCAGCAAUUCCAUCAAGUGGCUCCCUCAUCGCCACCCAUGACUACUACAGAAGGCGCAUCGGGUCCACAUCCAGUAACAGCUCUUGUGGCAGCGCCGAGUACACAGGAGAGGUCAUUCCACACCAUCCAGGACUUCCAAGGCAAGACUCUGGCCACUGGUGGACUUCUUUUUUCUUCGCAAAACAGAACCAGCCCGGCAUGCAGAACGGAUCUGAAAAUCAAAAGAACAGAACCUACACUGUAGCCAACGGUCAGGUGACCUGCAUCGCCCGGGAAAUGGUUCUGAACAGACAACUCAGCGAAACUAGCGAAAAUGGGAAGUUUGAACCAACGAGCCCUCCACCAACUUCCUCCUAGGGGUCUUCCCUGCCACCACCCCACCAAAUACCUCCCCCUCACCCUCAGCUCGCCAUCCAUCACAUAGUCCAGCAGAGAUGGAGAUGGAGAUGAUGGUCUUGUUGAUGGUGUUUUUUCACUUGUAGUCAAUAGAGUGUGCUCUUUCUUUA